CACAGUGAGUGAAACGCAUCGGUUAAAUUCUGUGAUCUCUGAGCUGUUAUGGAAUCGGAGCUUGAGCUCUGAGAGUCUGAGACACACACUCGUUCGUUUUCUCUAUCUCUCUCUGAGAUUUUUUUGUGUGUGUGUGUGUUUCGGAGUGUGAAUUGUUAGGGUUUGGAAGAAUGUGGAAGGUGUCGCGAUUCGCGGCGUCGCGGCUGAGCCAAUCGACGAGGAUGUUGUCGACGGCGAUUCCCGGGCCUUGUAUUGUUCACAAGCGCGGCGCUGAUAUUCUCCACGAUCCUUGGUUCAAUAAGGAUACUGGAUUUCCUCUCACUGAAAGAGAUCGAUUAGGACUUCGAGGUCUACUCCCACCGCGUGUCAUAUCUUUCGAGCAGCAAUAUGCUCGUUUCAUGGAGUCGUAUCGGUCUCUGGAGAAAAAUACUGCGGGACAACCAGAAGGCGUCAUCGCGUUGGCAAAGUGGAGGAUUUUGAAUAGACUGCAUGACAGGAAUGAGACUUUAUACUAUCGAGUUCUUAUAGAUAACAUAAAGGACUUUGCUCCUAUCAUAUACACUCCUACGGUAGGAUUGGUGUGCCAAAAUUAUUCAGGGUUGUUUAGACGCCCGCGCGGAAUGUAUUUCAGUGCAAAGGACAAAGGGGAGAUGAUGUCUAUGAUCUACAAUUGGCCUGCUAAUCAGGUAGAAAUGAUAGUCAUCACAGAUGGCAGUCGUAUUCUCGGCCUAGGUGAUCUUGGAGUUCAGGGAAUUGGAAUACCAAUAGGAAAACUUGAUAUGUAUGUUGCUGCAGCUGGUAUUAAUCCACAGAGAAUACUGCCAGUUAUGCUUGAUGUUGGUACUAACAAUCAAAACCUACUUGAUGACCGUCUUUAUUUAGGACUUCGACAACCUAGGUUGGAAGGAGAAGAGUACAUAUCAAUUAUUGAUGAGCUCAUGGAAGCCAUUCAUACACGUUGGCCCAAGGCCAUUGUGCAGUUUGAGGAUUUUCAAAUGAAGUGGGCAUUUGAAACGCUGCAACGUUACCGUAAAAAGUUUUGCACAUUCAAUGAUGAUAUACAGGGAACUGCUGGUGUUGCACUUGCAGGACUACUAGGAACUGUAAGAGCCCAAGGUCGACCCUUGUCAGACUUUGUGAACCAAAAGAUAGUUGUUGUGGGAGCCGGAAGUGCCGGACUCGGUGUUCUUAGCAUGGCUGUACAGGCUGUUUCAAGAAUGGCAGGGACCAGUGGUGCGGCUGCCAAAAAUCCAUUUUUUCUGCUUGAUAAAGAUGGUCUAGUCACAAAAGAGAGGAAAUAUAUUGAUCCUAUGGCUGCACCCUUUGCUAGGGAUCCAUCAGAGACUGAAGGGCUUAGGGAGGGAGCUAGUCUACUUGAAGUGGUUAAGAAGAUCAAGCCUCAUGCACUUCUUGGUUUGUCAGGAGUCGGUGGUGUCUUCAAUGAGGAGGUGCUUAAAGCAAUGCGAGAAUCUGAGUCCGUCAAACCAGCCAUCUUUGCUAUGUCGAAUCCAACCAAGAAUGCUGAAUGCACUGCUGAAGAUGCCUUUAAGCAUGCGGGUGAAAACAUAGUCUUUGGAAGUGGAAGUCCCUUUGAGAAUGUUGAUCUAGGCAAUGGAAAAGUCGGCCAUGUUAAUCAAGCAAAUAACAUGUACCUGUUCCCAGGGAUUGGUUUAGGUGCACUUCUUUCAGGUGCUCGUUUGAUAUCGGAUGGCAUGUUGCAAGCAGCAUCUGAAUGCCUUGCUACAUAUAUGACAGAUGAAGACAUCCGAAAGGGCAUCUUAUAUCCCUGUAUUGAUAGUAUUAGAGAUAUUACAGCAGAGGUUGGAGCUGCUGUUGUGCGUGCGGCUGUUGCAGAAGACCUGGCAGAAGGACAUGGUGAAGUGGGUCCCAGAGAGCUGUCGCACAUGUCAAAAGAGGAGAUAGUGGACUAUAUUACCCGCAGUAUGUGGUUCCCUGUUUACAGCCCUCUUGUUCAUGAAAAAUGAGGCUUUGGCAUCACAUGCAGUACAUGACUGGUCACUACCUUCCUGGCUAUCUUUUCGGCACUUAGAUUUAUACUAUUUUUGCAGCCAAGCAACUUAUUCUUGGUACCACUACUGUUUGAACAAUAUGUUUGAACAAUACAUUGCUGAUAUAUAAUUUAUCGACUCAAUUUUAUGAGCAAUGUAUUUGUUCUAUGUAUUACUGUGAACUUGGUAUUAUUGCCUUUGAACCAUUUGAAAGCUGUAUGUGCCGAGUGUUAAUGUCCAAGGCUUCA